AUGGCUACUGUUACUCGUCAACCUUUUGCUCCUCUUGAUGGGUCUAGACUUCAAUCCCUCACAAGUCUCAAGAAUAGGCAAAACGCUGCUCCUACGUCUACUUCUGCCGGAAAACGAAAAGCUGAAUUAAUUGAUACCGACGACUUUGAAAAUGUUGAUCCUUCAGCUUUUGCCAAACGAUCCAAGGGAUCCAAGGAUAUUCUCAAGCCUUCAUCAAUCAUCCUAAAGGCCGCUUCUCUACCUGCACCUUCACCUAGCCUCCCCGCUCCAUCUGCCAUCCCUAGUCGCCUCACCAGUCCUACCAAACCUCGACGAACUCUCCAAGCAAAGUCUCCCAACAAGCUCAACACCGGAAUCACCAAGUCUUCUCCCCUUCACGCACCCGCUGGACGAUCUCCUACCCGAGGAAAGCGAUCUGGCAUUACGUCAAGCCGACGACGAACUCUUGGACGUAUUGAUCCUCCUACUCUUCUUGGUGCCGCUGCUCCCUUCUCUCUCGAUGCUGCUCUCAAGGGCACAAUCCCUGGAUAUGGCGCAAAGGCUGCCACUGCCAAGCCUGUCACUCUUGAUGAGCCAGACAUGAAGGCCAGCUGGUUCUUUGAGAUUCAUGAGGAUACUCCCGAACAAGAAAUGACCAACCUUCUCCAACACAGCACAUGCACACUCGACAUUUCAUCUGACGAAGAAAGCGAGCGCAAGCGAAACAGGGAUCGCGCAGAGGGUCGCGACAAGGAGAAUGUUCCUCCUCCCGACGACGUAUCCCAAACUCGUCGCGCACCAAGGGCUGACGACAUGGUCGUUGAGAAGGAGCGUGUCGCAUUGGGAGAGAUGAACACUGCCGACUUUUACGCUGAGGGAUGUGACGAGACAUCAGUUAUUCUUGUGCCAGAAGAUGAGCCCGAGCCAAAUGUUUUGGAGUCUGUACUGGAAGUGCCGGAGGUAUCAGAGUCAAUUGACUUGAAGCCUAUCGACCCUACAACAGAAGAUAUUGAUAACCUCAUGGCCAAGCCUACAGAAGGCACAUCAAAAGCUGCUGUUUUGGAACCAAUCGAAGGAACUGGGGAAAGUUUUGAGCUAUGGGAAAGCGGCAGCGCACACGAUGAAGCUGACGCAACUUCAUGA